AUGCAAGAUAUUCAAAAACAGCCGUCGGUGACCUAUUUACCCAUAUCAACGGCGACGUUAUCGAAUAUCCCGGUCGCCAGCCAUGAAAAGCCUAAAGAGUCUAUUGUCAAGCCACCACCUCCCAGCGCAGCUCCAAUUAAGCAAGAGAAGCAGGAAGAUGGUUCUAUAUCGGCUCGCGUACUUCAACAAGCCCCCGAUGUUCGCAUUAAACCCAGUCCACACUCUUCAAUGACAAACUCACCCUCGCUUUCCAUGAGAUCUCCGAGUAUCACGAAGAAGUCACCUGCAAUAACACCUAAACCUCGACCUGUCAACACAGCACCCUUGAUGAUAGCCGUUGCAGAAGAGUGCCUUGAAAAAGCGCGAAUUGCCUCGCAUGAUGUAGCCAUGGCGCUGUGUCCAAACCAAGUGAGCGAGUACCAGGAGUUAAUAGCAACGGCGCUAUCGUGUCUAGAGGCUGCGUUGCAAGGCAACAACCAACUUGCGCCGCGAGAGGAGGCGCGUGUACGAUUACGAUAUGCUGCGCUUUUACAGGAGGAGACGGAGAACUUGAUGGAGGCCGAGACAGCUUUGGCCAAGGGAAUUACGCUUUGCGACAAGUGGUAUUACGCCUUUCGGUUAUUAAAAGCUUCCUUUUAUCUUGGUGUUGGAAUUACGGACGCUGGUGCCCUCGAUAACAUACGAUCUAUUCAGAAUGUCGCCAAUACGAGAGGCGACACUGCGCUCUCUGUUCUCGCCUCACUAAUAGAAGGCUUCACUCUUCUCAAAACGGCCAAGGACGGCAACAUGGAGAAGAUACAAGCCUGCAUCGCCCAGGUCGCCAAAUAUCAAUUUGACCCAUCAGUGCAGAUUACGCAGCUCACCAUGUUGACUCUGCUACUAGAAGUUGCUGCAAGGGACUCUUCAACGGCUGGCAUUCCAUAUGGCGCCCCUGUUCCUUUAAACGUGGCGGUCAAGCAGCGGGCCUGGCGGACAGAGGCUCAAGCCUACUUGAAUGUUCUCUUGGGACUGGUGGCAGCAAGCCACUGCCAAUGGUCAGAUGUUAAACAGAUGGUUCAGACUCUUGGGUCUCUUGUCUCGUCCUCAACGCAGCCGACUGUGAGAUUACUCGCCAUCUAUCUGAAGGGUGUAUAUUUUCAGGGCAUUGGCCAACUUCAACAAGCUCUCGACAUCUUCUUACACAACCAAUUUGCAGUCCAGCAACAGGGAAGCACUGGUAUCAAAGCCGGACAUCAAGAAAUUGCUCUUCUUGCAGGACUGAACAGGCUCUGGAUUAUGCAGCACCCUUCCUGUCGGAAUGAUCAGACAACGCAAGAUUUGAUCGAGCAGCUUCAGCCUCACUGCAAUAACCACACCAACAUUGACCUCCGAACUGCUUGGCACAACGUUAUGGCCGCCAUAGUGACAGACCCUCCCCAGCAACUCAACUCGCAAAAGCAGCACAUACACGCCGCCAUGGCGGGCUCCAAAGUCACUAGUAAUGUACUGGGAGCAGCCGUCACGCUGUGCAUCAUGCGCAGCCGCUUCUUCGAAAACGUCAUUGGCGAACAGGCUCUGAAAAGCGCCCGAGCGGCGGCCAAGCAGGCACAGAGGAGCGGCAACGUCCUGUGGCAGAGCGUCGCUGAUGGCAUGCUGGCGCAGUCGUAUGAGGUACAGGGACAGAGAGACGAGGCCAAACAGGAGUGGGACAAGGCAACAGAGGAAGCUAGAGACGCGUUUUCUCGAAGUCUAUGA